UUGUGCACAGAUGCCUGUAGUAGUGUCCCCUGUGAUCUGGGUAAAGUCACAUCUACCACCACUGAGAUUCUUGCCAGUAAAGCACCAGAAAACCAUACACUAAUAACCGUGACUGAUUUGGGCCACCAGAAUCCGCCGCUUUUCCAACUGAACAGUGACAACAUGACUUCAGUUGCGGGGCUGACUCCUGAACCCAGUCCUGCUGUUUCCAUCAGUCCCACCAGUGUGAAUCUCGUAGGGAAAAACGACAACUCAGCUGCUUCUCAUUCUGAAGGAAAGGAUGAGACGCAAAGCAGCCAGCAGACUUCUGGUGAAAAUCAAAGCGGCAUUAAUACCCCCAACUUAAGUCCAACGACUUUAUGUACCUUCUCCAUCACUCCGGGAAUAAAUGGAACUUGUGAAAAUGCCAGUUCCAUAAAUGUCCCAACAGAGCCUCCUCCAGUGUCUGGCCUUCGUGUUGCCUUCGAGGGUGUGACCGCAGUUGAACUUGCCUGGAAGAAUAAUAAUGGCACUACCACCUACCGGAUACUCCUGGAAGCCGUGGGAAGCCAUGAGGAGUUGAAUCAAACCUUAACAGUCAGCAUUCCAGACCUGAAGCCAGGGGUUAAACACACCCUGCACGUUUCGGAAUCAAACAACAAACAGAGAGACCUUCAGGUUGGAGGACAUGGCUCAGAUGCCACCGGCACAGAGAGCUCGGCCCAGACCCCGAGGAGCCCAGCUGCCCCCGUGUACAAAUGCCAACUCGAACCUGAAGACCCACCCUCUGCCUUUCCUCCGACCUACACGGAAGUCCUGCUUCUUGGGUUAAAGUCCAACACGCGCUACAAGGCCACUGUUUAUCCUCGAGCAGCUACCGGCCAGGAAGGACUUCCCUGCGCCCAAGAGUUCAGGACACACUCCAGUCAGGUUUUUGACAUGAAUGCUACAAAUAUCACUGCCACGAGCAUGAUCCUGACCUGGAAAAUCAAUGAUAGUGACUCGUCCUCUGUCUACACCUACGAGAUACGCAUUGCUGGGGAGCCCGCUUAUCUCAAUUGCACCAACGAGACUCGGGCCGUCAUCACCCGACUCAACUCGAGCACCUUAUACAACAUCACGGUGCUCCCGUUCCUGCAGGACGGCUCUGCGGGCAUGCCGGGCUUCCUCCAGGUGUACACCUGUCCUGGUCGAGUUUCUGACUUCCGAGUGACGAGUGUCACCACAAGGACUGUUAGCUUAGCUUGGAGCAGCAAUGACUCUGUCUCCUUUAAGAUACUCACCACAGAGGUCGGAGCUGGAAAAUCUCAGGAGGAGAAAACCAAUGAAACUAGUAUCGUCAUUCGUGGCUUAUACCCUGGGACCCAGUACUGUUUUGAAAUAUUUCCACAAGGGCCAAAUGGGACUGAAGGGGAUCCCCAGACAGUUUGCAAUACAACUGACUCCGCUGCAGUGUUUGACAUCCGCGUGGUCAAUGUCACCACAACUGAAAUGGGGUUAGAGUGGCAGAGUAUAGACAAUGCCUCUGGCUACAUCUACCAUCUACAGCUGGAGUCUAAGCACGGCUCUAACCAGACGAACAGCUCCUACAAAGCCAUCACUCUUACGGGCCUGAUCCCGGGCACCUUGUAUAACAUCACCAUUGUUCCAGAAGUGAACGGUGUCCGGGGGAUUUCCAACUUCACUGCGCAGUACACACGGCCCAGCCAUGUGUCUGACAUUGAAAUAAGUACCAACACCACAUCGGCAACAUUCAGUUGGCAGAACUCUGAUGAGGCCUCUCUCACGUACAGCUACCGCCUUCUCAUUGAGAAAGACGGCAUUUCCAGCAACGCGACUGAAAUAGUCACAGGCACUGGCAUCACCAGUGCUAGAGUCACUGAGUUAACACCUGGCUCCCAGUACACGGUCACGAUCUUCGCCCUAGUGGGGGAUGUCAUUGAGUCACUGCCCCCUGGCUGGCGGUCAUUCUGUACAGACCCGGCCCCAGUAGCCUCCUUCCACUGUGAAGUGGUCCCCAAAACGCCAACCUUGGUGCUCACGUGGGCCUGCCCUCCCGGCACCAACGCAGGCUUUCAGCUGGAGGUCAGCAGCGGAGACUGGAAAAACACGACACUCCUGGAGGGCUGCUCCUCGGAGGACGGCACCGAGUACAGGACGGAAGUCACAUAUUUGAGUUUUUCUACCUUGUAUAACAUCAGCAUCACUGCCUUGUCCUGCAACAAGAUGGCACCUCCCUUCCAAAACACCUGCCUCACGGGCAUCACAGACCCCCCUCCUCCAGAUGAGUCUCCCAACAUUACGUCUGUCAGUCACAAUUCGGUGAAGAUCAAGUUCAGUGGGUUUGAAGCCAGCCACGGGCCCAUCCAAGCCUAUGCUGUCAUCCUCACCACGGGGGAAGCUAACCCGUCUACUGAGGAUUUGAGCCAUACUUACGGAGAUUUCAAAAGGGGGUCCUCGGCGACUUACGUGACGUAUCUCAUAACAACAGACCAACAGACGCGUUCUCAGGGCCUGUCGGAAGUCCGGAAAUACGAAAUCGACGUGGGGAACGAGUCCAACACUCACGGCUACUACAACGGGAAGCUGGAGCCCCUGGGCUCCUAUCGGGCUUGUGUGGCCGGCUUCACCAAUAUCACCUUCAGCCCCGAGAGUGGACUCAUAGACGGGAACGGGAGCUACGUGUCCUUUAGCCGCUACUCGGAGGCCGUGUCCUUGCCCCAGGACCCAGGUGUCAUCUGUGGAGCCGUGUUCGGAUGUAUCUUUGGUGCCGUGGUGAUUGUGGCUGUUGGAGGGUUCAUCUUCUGGAGGAAGAAAAGGAAAGAUGCAAAGAACAAUGAAGUGUCCUUUUCUCAAAUUAAACCUAAAAAAUCCAAGCUAGUCAGAGUGGAGAAUUUUGAGACCUACUUUAAGAAACAGCAAGCUGACUCCAACUGUGGGUUUGCAGAAGAAUAUGAAGAUCUGAAGCUUGUUGGAAUUAGUCAACCUAAAUAUGCAGCUGAACUGGCUGAGAAUAGAGGGAAGAACCGCUAUAAUAAUGUUCUGCCUUAUGAUAUUUCCCGUGUCAGACUUUCAGUCCAGACCCAUUCAGCCGACGACUACAUCAAUGCCAACUACAUGCCUGGCUACCAUUCCAAGAAAGAUUUCAUUGCCACACAAGGACCUUUACCCAACACUUUGAAAGAUUUUUGGCGUAUGGUUUGGGAGAAAAAUGUAUAUGCCAUUGUCAUGCUGACCAAAUGUGUUGAACAGGGAAGGACCAAGUGUGAGGAGUACUGGCCUUCCAAGCAGGCCAAGGACUAUGGGGACAUAACUGUGGCAAUGACAUCCGAAAUUGUUCUUCCAGAAUGGACCAUCAGAGACUUCAUAGUGAAAAAUAAACAGACAAGUGACAGCCACCCUCUGCGACAAUUCCACUUCACGUCCUGGCCUGACCACGGGGUUCCCGACACCACUGACCUGCUCAUCAACUUCCGGUAUCUUGUCCGUGACUACAUGAAGCAGAGUCCUCCCGGAUCGCCAAUUCUGGUGCAUUGCAGUGCGGGCGUCGGAAGGACGGGCACUUUCAUCGCCAUUGAUCGCCUCAUCUAUCAGAUAGAGAACGAGUACUCCGUGGACGUGUACGGGAUUGUGUACGACCUUCGCAUGCACAGGCCUUUAAUGGUGCAAACAGAGGACCAGUAUGUUUUCCUCAAUCAGUGUGUUUUGGAUAUUAUCCGAUCCCACAGAGACUCAAAAGUGGAUCUCAUCUACCAGAACACAACCGCAAUGACAAUCUACGAAAACAUCGCCCCCGUGGCCACGUUUGGACAAACCAAUGGUUACAUCGCCUGAUUCCAAAGGAAAGUCUCUCUGGAGUUAACGAGGCCACCACACCCACAGCAAAGAAAGGCGCCCCGAUGUCGACAUGCUUUUAGAUGUCUAAUAUCUCAAUUCUUUGAUCUGUUUUGUUAGAACUAACUGAGGGUGUGAAGCUGCCCACGUAACACACGACAGAUGAGAAGUUAGGGCUGUUGGGGGCUGUGGACGGGUGGUGAGCCAGUCAGCUGCAUCCUGGUCCCCGGUGGGAUGAGUUCACUCUUUUCCCUUGAGAAUGAUGGAAAACCAGGAAACGUGAGCUAUGAUUCUUUUUCAAAGCAGAUUUUUUUUUUUUUUAAAAACAAAACUAUUUUAUAUGAUCCACAUGGGAAAGCCAGGAUCGUGCUGGGUUGAAUAUAUUUUAAGUAUCAGAGGUCUAUUUUUACCUACUGAAUCUCGGGAUCUCGCUGAUGGAAGGUGCAGAACUGUGGACCGUGAUCACGCAGGGAGGGGCAGGCGGCGCCUCUCCGGCCUGGGUUUUCUAUUUGAACAUGUGCCUUUUCUGAAUUAUGCUUCCACAGGCAGAACUCAGAAGAUUUCUCUAUUUUUGUAUCGAAUCUCAUAAUUGGACUCUGCAGAAUAUUUAAACGGUAGUUUAGUAUCGGAGGUUCAGCCUUCUCGGUAACAUUCCUAUCCUUGAUUAGAGGAGGCCCCUCCCCCACUAGCCCCUCCCGUUUUAUGCUCUAUUCUUUCUUCCCCUUCUCCCCCCCUCCCACUCCCCCCCCCAGUUCCCCACAGAUGUGUGUGUUCAGCCCACUGGUUGAGUGAGAGUGGAAUUUGGGGUGGGGGUGGGUAGGGAAGCAAAGGAAACCCUACAGUGAUGGACUCUCCUUUUCUAGUCCCUGUUCUGUCCCUUUCCCCCCUCAUUUCGUAUUUGGUAAGAAGGAUUAUUUAAAGGUGCAAUAUGUGACUAGUGAUUCCUGAUGCUCUAGGUUCUUAGCAACGUUUUACUCAGGUUGGCAUUUUAUGUGUGUGUGUGUGUGUGUGUGUGUGUGUGUGUGUGUGUGUAAAUGCGUGGCAAUCUGUGAACACUUCAGUGUGAAAACAGUGUCAAAUUAAUUCCUCCUCCUUCGAAAUCCACUGGCUUUAGUCUGUCUGCGGUGACACAUAUUGAUAUCUACUGUAUAUAUAUAUAGAUACUAAACUCUCAAAAACAGUCAUUCCUUUGAAUUGAGGUGUACAAAGUUUGAAUUUGUAUCAAGAUGUAAUUAUUAUUUUUAAAACCUCUUUUCACUAUACUGCUGCUGUAAUUACUUUGAUUUAAAAAAAAAUGUAGAUUAACUUUUUUUUUCCCUCCUUCAGGUGUGUAUCCACCAAGAAUUUCAGAAUUUAUGUGGAUUAAUUUUAUUGGUACAUAAUCUGUAAACUUCUCAAGGCA